AUGUCGGGCUACAGGCCGACGGUGGCCUUCACGGGCACAAUGCCGGUGCCGUUCGUGGAGACGCGUCGCGCGCCGGGCAACGACGGGAGCGACGACGAUGGUGAUGACCCAGACGCGUCGCUCCGUGUGGACCAGAACAUCGUCUCGACGGCCAACCGCGCACAAAAGAAGAUGGCUGAUACUGGGAGGAAGCCGGCGACGAAGUGGAAGCCCGACUUCGAGCGCCUCAGAUGGUACAUCAAGGAGGCCAUUCGGCGCAAGGACUGGUCGGGGGCGGAGUCGUUUUGCUCAACGGCGCUGGCGCACGACCGGUCCAACCCAAUAUGGCUUUGUCUCCGCGCGCGCGUCCGGAACAUGCAGGGGAAGUACGGCGCGGCGCUGAGGGACGCGGAGGCGUGCUUGUUCACGCACCCGUCGUACGCCACGGCCCACUACAGGAAGGCCCAGGCCUACCUCCUGAUGGGUGACGCGCAGGGCGCGAUGGGCGCCCUCGGCGAGGCCCUGUCGCUGCACACGCUCGGCCGCCUCGUCGGCCCUCUCCCGGGCGACAGCACCAUGGAAGAGUCCGUCGAGAGGCUCAGGUCGAUGCUGGAGCGCUGCCAGGACGAGGCCAGUGUCGCUGCGCUCGCGCCUCCGGGGGAGUCCCGCAAGGUCUUUUCGGACCAGGACGGCAACUCCCAAUUGAUGUGUUUGGUGCCAGAGAUUCACUGGGCCGGGGUAGACCCCGAGGAGCUCGUUUCCGAGUACACGCGCGGCGUGGCGGGCACGAACGCGCUCUCGAAGGCCUCGCACGCGCGCGCGGCGAUGCAGGCCGCGGAGGACGCCCGCCUGGGGUGCCCCAAGUGCGCGGCGCGCAUCACGCAGGCGGCGGAGAGCGCGUACGCGGGCCCGCCCCCGACGGCGCGCGACGACCGGCUGCGCGCGGCGAUCGACCGCGCGGACGUGGACACCGCGCUCGCGCUCCUGCACGACCCGAGGCUUGACCCGCUGGCGGUGAACCUGGACGGGCUGACGCCGCUGCACGCGGCCGCGAACGGCGUCGCGAUGGACGCCGCGAUGAUGGAGGAGGCGAGGCUCGUCGCGACGGGCAAGGCGAGCCCGAGGGACUCGGAGGCGUCGGCGCAUGCUGAGUCAGUCACACUGGCCAUCCUCGAGUCCCUCCUCGGGCUCGGUGUUCCCGUGGACCUGCGCGCGCCCCUGGGGGGCACCGCGGGCGUGACUCCGCUGCAGACCGCCAUGGUCGCGCUGCACCCGUCCGUCGUCCACAGGCUGCUCGAGCACGGUGCCGACCCUGCGUUGGUGCAACCGCACGCCCGACGCCCCGCGCAGGCGCUGCGGGCCCAGCACGCGCGCGAGCUGCGCGGCGACGACUACUCCGCGAUCGACAAGGCGCUCCUGCGGUCGCGCAUCGCCCGCGGACAGGCCUGCGAGUCGGUGUAUCUGAAAGCACUCGCGGACGCAGAGGCGGCCCCGCGCGAGGCCAGCCCGCACCGGCGCCGGCGGCAAGAGCUCGGCGUGAACCGGCCGACGUCGUUGUCGCGGCGGCGGCUGCUGGAAGCGCAGGCGCAGGCGCAGCGGGCCGCGGAAAAGGCGGCGACGCCCAAGUGGAAACCGUGUUCGAUUGGGCACUUGUCGGGGUACGGACGGAGAGCAUCGUCUGCGGGGACGUUCGGGCAAGCAAGGGGCGGGGCGUCGCGGCCGCAGACGGCGCCGUCGCAGCGGAAGCGGGGGGUUCCGGGGGGGGGCGUUGCGUCGGGGGACAAGGGGGCGCUCCGGGCGCCGACGGAGGUGACGAGCAGGUCGAUGUCGAUCUUCGCGCGGGACUCGUUCGUGAGCGAGGCGGAGGGCGCGCAGACGACGGCGUUCGGGCGGUUCGCGCUGGACGGCCUGCUCGUGUCGCAUGUCGAGGAGGUGGCCCCGGAGCGGCCCGCAACGGCGAUGCUGACGACGGCGGAGCGCGCGGACCUCGAGAAGAUGAUGCGGGAGAUGCAGCACCGCGGAGGGGUGGCGAGCUGGCGGGAAAUCAGCCACGAGCGUCUCGGGGCAGACGCGCACAGCAACACGGCAGCCGGUGUGGGGGCCGCGGGGGCGCAGGACGGCAAGUCCGGGACGUCUGCGGCGGUCGACUCGGUUCUGAACGGCAUCGUGGACGCCGCUGCGGGCGGGCCGGGGCCCGAGGGGAAGCGGGCCGUCGCCAACGCGCUUGCGCUGUCGAUGAUGUCGCUGCCAGCGGGGCCGCGGGAAUCGGUCAGGGAGGAGAGCGGGCACGGACAGGCCGAGCAUAUGCGGUCGAAGCGCGUGAGCAUCGCGCUGUCCUGCGCCACGGAGGCCCACAUGGAGCGAGGAUACGUGACCAACGCGGUGACCGACUCGGUGGCUCCGGAGCAGCUCGGGGUCCGCCAGGACUACCAAGACCGCGUGGCAAGGUCGCUGAACAUCUUCAAGGGUGUGCCGGGCAUGCUCGGCGGCGUCGCGAGCCUCCCGCGCUGCCUGCGUGCCGUGAUGGCGGCCGCGCAACAGGGGCGGUACCCGUACUCCGCAACCACGCCGUCGUGCGCGUGCUGCGGGCGGGAGUGGGGCCGGAACGAUCACGAGCGCAAGGCGGCGGGCGGGGCGCGGCGGCCGGAUUCGGCGUGGGUCCGGUGCUCGGCGUGCCGGCUGGCGUGCUACUGCUGCGAGCGGCACCGCGUGGAGGACUGGCCGCGGCACGAGGACCGGUGCCGGCUCAUCAAGGCGCAGCAGGUGGCGCUGGACACGAUCGCGCGGCCCAACGCCACCGUCGAGGAGCUCAGUCGGGCCAAGAUCGCACUUCUGUCCGACUCCUACGUCGCGGUGUGCAUCGGGACGGUGGAGACGUGCGUGCAGGCGAUCGACGCGCUCGCGACGGACCACACGGUGCUCAAGGCGGACCUGCGGGAGUUCGACCUCGAGGCGAAGCGCCGCCAGGAGGCCGAAAGGCAGCGCCGCCGCUCCAGCUACGGCGGGCUCAUCGGCGCGCAGUACGGUUUCAAGACAGCCUUUUUCCGCGGCGAGCUCGGGCUGGACGAGAACGAGGUCGCGCGCCAGCAAGCCAUCGAGGUGCACCGCUCGUCGCUUAAAUCUCGCAUGUUCCACAUCCUCGACCUUCUGUCGUCGCUGAUGCGUCCGCCGGCGGGGUUCCGGUCCGCGGAGCCCGAGGCCGAGGACGAUGACCCCGGCCACGAGGCCGACGUCGCGUCGAUGCUCCGCGACUCGAGCGGAGGCUACGCCGCGGGCGGGCGCGCUGUGCGGCGCGUGUCGAUCCCCGCCGCGAUGGAGCCCCGGCGCUGCCCGCUGCUCUGGGAGCCCCGGCACGCGCUCGCGGACGCGCAGACCGCGACGCCCGGCGCCGUCGCGGGACAAGCCUCCGUCCGCUUCUUCGGCUCCUCCGCCCCCGAGUCGCUCAUCCAGGGGUCCCUCCUGGCGCUGCUGGAGCCGACGAUCGGCGACGGCGACCUGCUCGCGAUGUCCUCGCAGUUCCUCUCCGACCACCUCUUCCCGGCGUUCGACGCGCCCGUGCCCGACGCCGGCGCGACUGAAACCUUCUACCGGCACCUGGUGUAUCCGUGCGCGUCGGAGCUGAUGGAGCUGCGCCGGCGGCUGUUCACGCGCGGGUGUCCGGGGCUCACGGACCUGCUCGCGCCGCUCGCGAUCAACAUGCUGGACUCGCGGGAGGAGGAGAAGAUCCCGCCCUUUGUCGCGCCGCAGAGCGCGCUGAUGCUGGCGCUGUUCGCGCGGGUGUCGCCCGGGGACGCGUCGCGCGUGCUCUCGGCGCUGGCGCUGGGACAGAACGACGACGUGUGCGCGCCGCUGGUGAAGUGCCUGCGCAGUGCCUACAUGGCGGCAAUGAUGCUGCAGCGGAUGCACCCGACGGCGGCGCGGCGCGCGGGCGGGGACCACUCGUGCGUGGUGCCGCACGCGGGGCUGGCGGGGGCGCAGGAGCUCGAGGCCGUCACGGAGCUGUGCCUGGCCAUCUUCGGGCACAGCGGGGUACGCAUGAUGCACGAGGACUCCCGGGCGUACCGGUCGAUGAUCCGGUACGCCGCGGCGCUGCUGUGGGACGACUGGGAGGAGCAGCUCGGGCUGAUGCGGUUCACGCGCGGGACGCGGCUGGCGCUCGUGAACCAGCUGACUCAGCACUCGGAGGUGUUUUGGAACGAGGUCGCGGCGACGCGGCUCGGCGUCCCUGGGCGCGACCAGCGGACAGAGAUUCUCAGCACGAGCCCGUUCGCGAUGUUCGGCUCCGGCGUGCUGUCCAUGGGCGCGCCGGCGAUGCUGCUCAGCAUGGCGAAAGCGGCCAUCUGGGCCGUCGAGCACGACCGACCCACGGUCACCACACGCAUGGGAGCACAGAUGCACCACUUGACGGCGGCGCGCCUGCUGCGACGCAUCUUCGAGUUCACGCCCCCGGACAUCCAGAAGAUCCUCACGCGCGCCCUCGAGUCGGACAUGCGCGGCCUCCUCGCGCCGCGCACCGGCAUCGAGAUCAACGCGAGCGCGGUCGACCCCGUAGCGCAGGCCGCCGCGAAGGAGGUGCGGCAGGUGCUCCAGCAGGCGCUCGGGCACCUCAUGCGCGGCACGCACGAGCUGCACACGGCGGGGUGGGUCGCGGCGGUGGCGGCCGCGGCACCGGAGCUGGGCCUUGUGCAAAAGAUCGCGCGACGCAAGGCGGUGGACAUGCAGCAGGCGAAGGGGUCGGCGGAGGCGGGCGCGGGGGGCGCGUGA